AUGGAAUCCGAUGCUGAUUUGCUUGUACUAUUGCCACCAGGUCAUUCAGUUGGAACAAUUCGUACACGUCGACCGGUUAUGUAUGUAUUUUCUGGUGGUGAUGAAGAUGCGGCAUUUUUCUCGGUAAAUGGAUUUUCAUUGUUAUUAGAUGGUGGCGAUUGCAAGGAAGUUCCUUUUUGGAAUUUGAUAAGAAACUAUGAUAAAAUAUCAGCUGUAAUUGCCACUCGUGUAAGUCCGAAUUCUCUACGAGGAAUUUCAACGAUUCUUAGGAGAAAAGCUUUGGCAGAAUGCCAUCCGAAUUUCGGUGCUUUCAUAUGCAAUCUUCCUUCACGUAAAACCGUACUUGGUGAUAACGAUGUGGCUGAAAUGAUACGUACCUUACAUGAUGAUUUAAAUACGGAAGGUUUGAAGCCUAUCGAAACAUUCACGAAUCCUAAAGGAGAACCAAUCACCUUAUAUGAGGUGAUUGGUGAAGGUGCAUUGAGUAUGAUUGUGCUAAAUCCAGAGCGUGGCUCGAAAGAUUUCACGGCAUUGGCCAAUGCUUUGAAAACAGGGGAAGAUUUUGAGAAGCAUUGUGCAGCUGCAUCGCUUGCAAUUUUAUUAGUUUGGACACCAUCUGAUAUCUCAAAGCCAACAACUCGCAUCCUUUAUCCAGGUGCUUGCCCAUUGGAUAAAUUAUAUGCAGCACUUGAAAAAUUGAAGAGCUUGGAAUAUUUGCGACAAGCGACUUUUAUUAGCGGUGCUACUCGCGAGAGACCAGUAGCACCUCCUCAUGGAUAUGUUCCACCAGUUAAACCAUUAAAUCAGAAACCACCAGUUGUGCCAUCAACUCGAACAUCACUUGUUCGUCGUACUCCACUUACCCCAUCACAUACGGAUAAUUCUCUAAAAUCACUUUCCAAUAAUAACGUUCGAUUAACGAAAUCAACUGCAACAACUGAAUCGCCAAUAAAAAAGACUGUCAAGCAACCACUUUCGAAGUCAGCAUCAGCACAACAAGGACGUCAGUCAUUUCCUGUUGCUGCUAAAAAAUUACCAACUAUUCCCAAAUCUAAUGCGGCUAAAAUCGAGAAAAAAACUAAUGAUAAAGCAGGUGUUGGUGGUGCACAGGCAUCGUUGGUACAUCAGAAGCCAAGUCAAAAAGCAAAUUCUACUAAAUCGCAUAAAACUGAAUCUGUUAUAAUAACGAAAACAGCUGUAAAAGCCGAGGGAAAAACCAAUGAAAUUCAAAAACAUUUAAAUGAUGAAAUUGGUGAAAGAAUAUCAAAUGAAAAAGAUCGACAAAUUGUUGAGAAUAUUGAAAAUACACAUUUCGAACAACAAAAUUUACAAACUGAAUUGGAUACACCAAUUUCGGAAACUGAAAUAAAUAUUGAGAAUGCACCAAUUUCGGAAACUGAAGUAAAUAUUGAGAAUUCACCAAUUUCGGAAACUGAAGUAAAUAUUGUGAAUGCACCAAUUUCGGAAACUGAAGUAAAUAUUGAGAAUGCACCAAUUUCGGAAACUGUAUCAACUGAAUCGCCUAUAUCAACUCAUGUAAAUAUUGAUAAUGAGUCAAAGGCGGAAAUUUUCGAUCAAGAUUUUUCAAAUGGUUUAUCACCUGUUACUACUGAAACUGAAGAAAAUGAAGUUCGUAAUCAAAAUUCAAUGCAGUUGAAUGGAUUCCGCGAGAUGGAAUUUGCUACUGCGAAUUCAUCUCCACAUGCUCCGUCAUCGGCAACCUACGAGGAUACUCCGCUACUGGAAUCAACGCCGCUUGAAUCAUUAUCCACUCCAAUCGACAACUAUGAUACAAAUUUGGAAAUGAAAACAGGAAGCGAUGAAGAUAUGCUCAUUAGUCCAUCUUCACCGAAAUCUGAAAAAGAUCUAAACAAUAUUACAAAUAAUGGUGACGUGAAGAAGAAUAUCGCUAAUACGAACAAAGCUUUUAAUAUUAGUCGUGAGGAUAAUUCUGUGGUGGAUGCAAUUUUGGAUGAUGUUAUCGAAAGUUUAGCAGGUGAAUCGGAAAAGAAUGAUAGCCCAAAAGAAGAUGAUUUCUUUACGCAUUCUGAUGCGAUUUAUUCUUCAAAUAACAAUGCAAAACUUCUUGAAGCUCAAAAAUUAUACGAAGAUUCGCACGCUACUGAACAAUAUUUACCGCCAGUGACAACAACACUUAGAGUUCGUGGUCGACCAUCGAAUUCCAUCGUUUCGAAACCAAAACUUUCCAAUCCACUUUAUUUUGAUAUUGUUUUUAUUCCUCAUCAUGGUCCUCAUGCAGCUCUUACCGAUGAACAUGCCGCUACUACAUUCGUUUCUAAUAUUCGCUCAAAACGAUAUGUAUUAAGUGGACAAAAUGCGAUUAAGACUUAUAUCUUGGACGGAAUAAUUGCCGGAAAAAAUUCCUGGAAUAAGCCAGAUAUGGAAAUUGAUAUUCUACCCACGCACGACACUAAUGAUCUAAUAGCCUUUGAUCAACUUAAGGCUGCUGAAAUGAGCGAUGCGGGUAUAAAUUUACGUUGUUCUGUGGAACGUUGUACAUUAAGGCUUUCAAGUGGUGGUGCAGAUGAUAUUUGUUCUGCAUUCAAAUUCGAAUUAUAA